AUGCCUUUUAGACGAAGCACUAAAUCUGCCAUAUCCAGCCCUGAGCUCCAGCCCAGGCACGACGUUCCGUCACCAUUCGACUUGACCUAUAGUGACACAAACUUCGUCCUCUCCCAGAGCGCACCUGCUAGCCGAAGACAGAGCAUCACCAGUCCCUGUGAGAGCGCCUACCCGAGAGUUGAUGACCCGGAAGAUGGGCCCGUGCUCUGGAAGGUCGCACCGCCGCGUCUAUCGCCAAUGGAGUUUGCGCGAUCUCGUCUGAUACAAGCUGCUCUGGGAAGACGCGAAGGCAACUCCAUGUCGACUGGUCUGACCAAGCUUUGGUUCUGGACGCCGCGUUGGGAAAGCUUCCUCAUGCUGCCGCGCAAACCCAUCGCCUCCGAUCCGGUGGCCCCAAGUGAGACAGAGACUACGCGUAUUCUAUUUCCCCUGGGCCGCGGCUCGCAAAACCAAACAAUAGACCAAGACUUUUCUUUUCCUUUCCCUGCUCUCCACAGCAUCGAUCGGCACAAUUUCCAGGAUGGCAGCAGCAGCCACCCGGCUCUGCAGAUUGCCGACAACCCCUUCCGAGACACCGCCGUCUACAAUGGAGUUCAAACUACAGAAGCGAAUCCUUCUGCAAGUUCGUGGGAGGAGCGUAGCGGCCGUGCGCGAACGGAACGAUGCCACAGCGUCGAACGCAACCCCCCUGUCGCUGGCGCCCCGAGAAAUGUCGGCCUGUUCCCCAGCAGCUCGGCAAUCGCCCAGCGGCUGCACCGCCGCGCGCGUGCGGUCGGGGGCCACCACCAACAGACCGUGACCGUGACCCCCGUCGGGGCGCGCAAGGUUGGGAAAUUGGUGGUGGCGGGGGCAGCGGGCGUCGGAGGCGCCGGCUCCGUCAUGAGUCUGCACGCCCAGUCCGAGGACUUUGCCCUGCCCGACGCCUCGGACGAGGAGCGCGAGCUGCGGCCGCCGCCCCUCCACGUGGUCCGACAGCGGACGUCGACCGCCGGUGGGCUGCGGGAGAGGGACACGACGCGGCGGAACCUGUUUCGCAGCAGCAACGACGAUGGCGAGGACGACUGGCACGGGCUCCUGCGCCAUCUAGGCGAUGUUGCCUCGGCCUCCUCCUCGGCGGCGGCGGCAGCGCUGGAAAAUGAGGAGCGGCAGCGGCCGGCGCCGUGGUCGCCUCUGUAUGCGGGCAGCCAGCCCGAGACACCGUCGACGCGCCGUCAGAGCUCGGUGCUGAGCAACCUGUCGAUGACACCAACGGCGCUGGAAUCAACGGGCUCGCCGCGGUUGUCGCAGCGUGCGCAGGCAGAGGAGGAACGUUCAGGCUUGAGCCCGCGACAGAGAAAAGUUGCGUCGACAUAUCAGCCGUUGCCGGACUCGCCCACGCUGCCGAUUGUUGGACCGCAGUUCAGGAUCAGGAGGUUUUCGCGGCGUGCAUCGCACGGUUCGAUAUGA